UCCGGUGAUAAUUUUUGUUAGCCCGUUGGUCAUUGGAACGAUUUAAGCCACAAGGCCAGGGUUAUGUAAAAUCUGUGAAUCUCUACUAUCACAAAUGAAACAAGUUUGCUAAUUAUCUACAUCAUACGACUUAGAACAAGCCAGAUUAUUUGGUUUUAUUGGACUUCUUAAUUAUAUUUUUUGAUGAAAAAUACUCAGAGUAGUGAGACAGAUUUCAUCCAACAAUAACAUCAGUAACAACUUAUACCUUGUAUUGUAAUAAAACGUAACGGCCAUGAGUGACGAGGUGACUAAUGUCCCAGUGACAAAUGUCCCAGUGACAGAAGUCCCAGCGCCAGAGGAAGAGGCAUGGUUCUCCACGUUGGAUCUUCUUAUUUUAUCAAUGCUAGCAGGGUUUGCUGUGUAUUGGUUAUUUUUCAAAAACAAGAAACAGGAACAGCCAGUGUUUAAGAAACUUGUUGUUCAACCUAUGGCAGGAAAAAUUGAUGACCCAAGUUUUAUCAACAAAAUGAAAAAUUCUAAAAGAAAUGUCAUAGUAUUUUAUGGGUCACAGACAGGAACUGCUGAGGAAUUCGCUGGGCGACUAGCUAAGGAUUCUAUAAUGUAUGGUAUGAAGGGUAUGGUAGCCGAUCCUGAAGAAUGUGAAUUAUAUGAACUAUCACGCCUGUCAGAGAUAGACAAUGCAUUGGCGUUAUUCUGUAUGGCGACUUACGGUGAAGGAGAUCCAACAGAUAAUGCUCAGGACUUUUACGAGUGGUUACAGAGUGGUGAUACAGAUCUCUCUGGAGUUAAAUUUGCUGUGUUUGCUUUAGGAAAUAAAACAUAUGAACAUUAUAAUGCCAUGGGUAAAUAUGUAGACAAAAGGUUAGAAGAGCUUGGCGGUACACGUGUGUUUGAGCUUGGAAUGGGUGAUGAUGACGCUAACAUAGAGGAAGAUUUUGUAAAUUGGAGAGAGAAGUUUUGGCCUGCAGUAUGUGAACAUUUUGGUGUAGAGGCUACAGGGGACCAGGGAAGUGUGAGACAGUACAGUGUGACAAUCAAUGAAGAUAUACCUAAAGAAAAGAUAUACACAGGAGAAAUAGCUAGGCUGGGAUCAUUUAUUAAUCAGAAAUUACCAUAUGAUGCGAAGAAUCCAUACUUAGCUCCAGUGAGAGUAAACAGAGAACUACACAAAGGAGGAGAUAGAUCCUGUUUACAUAUAGAAUUUGAUAUUACUGGAUCUAAAAUCAGAUAUGAGGCAGGAGAUCAUGUUGCUGUCUACCCUGUAAACGACUCAGAAAUCGUAGAAGAAAUCGGCAAAAGAUUAGAAGUUGAUCUGGACACAAUAUUCACACUUACAAAUGUUGAUGAGGAGGCCAAUAAGAAACAUCCAUUCCCUUGCCCUUGUUCCUAUCGUACGGCGCUGUCUCAUUAUUUGGACGUUACAAAUCCUCCACGUGUUUUGUUGCUAAAAGAAAUGGUAGAAUAUGCAAGAGAGGAGAAAGAUAAAGAAUUCCUUGCUAAAAUGACAGCCUCAACAGCAGAAGGAAAGCAACUAUAUAAUGAUUGGAUAAUAAAGGACCAUCGUAAUAUUUUAGCUGUAUUAGAAGAUCUGCCGUCACUGAAACCUGAAAUUGACCACUUGUGUGAACUUUUGCCAAAGUUACAAGCUAGAUAUUAUUCCAUCUCAUCCUCACCUAAGGUACAUGACACAAGUAUUCAUAUCACUGCUGUAGUCGUAGAAUAUAAGACUAAGACGGGAAGAACACAGAGAGGUGUCGCCACUAACUGGCUUAAAAUGAAGAAACCAGAUAAUGGUAUCAAACCAAGAGUCCCAAUCUAUGUCAGAAAGUCACAGUUUAGAUUACCAUUCAAAUCAAACACUCCUGUGAUCAUGAUUGGACCAGGAACAGGGUUAGCUCCAUUUAGAGGCUUUAUACAGGAAAGAUUUGUGGCAAAGAGAGAUGGUAAACCAGUAGGAGACACUGUUUUGUACUUUGGUUGUCGCCACAAAGCCGAGGACUUUAUCUAUCAUGAUGAGCUAGAGGAAUAUGAGAAAGAUGGUACAUUGACACAGAUGCACCUAGCAUUCUCACGGGACCAGGAUCACAAGGUAUAUGUUCAACAUUUAUUGGAACAGAACUCAGAAGAGACGUGGAAGUUAUUAGAAAAUGGUGGACACAUCUACGUGUGUGGUGAUGCUCGUAAUAUGGCCAGAGAUGUACAUAAUGUUAUCCUGAAAAUUCUAAUGGAGAAAGGAAACAUGGAUAAUGAAAAAGCUGAAAACUACAUCAAGAAAAUGCAGAACAAGGGACGUUACUCUUGUGAUGUCUGGAGUUAAUACCAGUCAAGGUCAUUUAGGUGCUAUGAAUUGUUAACUGUGAAUCUGUUUGAUGUCUUUAAUGAGAAGAAUUCCUAUGUUGUUGCCACUGCAACUGUACAUUUAUUUCAUGGAUAUAAAAAUUUUAUUAUGUUGAUUAAAAAAGGUUUUCCAUGUAAGACGCUAACUUUUUUUAGUGGCAAAAAUAAGUAAUGAAAUGAUUAUCAUCUUUAUUCAUUCUUGAAAUUUUUAAUUCAACGAACCUUGAAUUUUUCAGGAAUUCGUUGAUUUUACUUUUUAAGAAUUAUAAUAUACUUAUUUUAUUGACACCCAUUUAUGUAUAUUAGAUACAAAUGAAGUGAGGAAUGAUAAAAUACAUAUUUGUCUGAAUUAAAAAAAUAUAAAUCUCCUCAUCAUUGUAAUUACUAUAAACACAUAAGAGGCUUAGUUAAUUUUUUUAUUAAUCUCUAUAUAUGAGAUAUUGUCAGCUUUAGGCAUGAUGUAUGCAUGGGCUUAGGACAAUUGCUGUUGAUAUUCACUAUAGAAACAUUUAAAUAAAUGCCAUCUUCUUCAAAAAAUAAAUAUGUGGUAUGAGGCAUGAAGAUAUUUAUAAUAGCCAGUGUCGUGAAAAGGGACUCUCUGUUUUUUGUUUUUUUUGUUUUUUUAAUAUGUAUGGCAUGAAAUUAAUUUUUAAUGUCAUGAAAAAUACACUAGAAAUAACAAGUGUUUACAAGCUGUACAAGUUCACAUAUAUUUGUUCAACAAAUAUUGAUAAAUGUAGGAAUUACUUUGCAAAAUGUAUAAUGCAAUGCUUAGGAAAAAGUCCAAGCAGUUUUAAGAUUUUAAGGAAAAAUAGCCAACAUACAUAAGAGGCUAACAUCAUUUGUAUAUAUUUUUAUUUAUGAUAUACAGGAAAAGUUGACAAGUAUAGAAACUAACAUCAUACAAAUACAUUGAUAUAAACUCUGAUUGAUUAUAGAAAUAAGACACAUGAAAUAAAAGUGAUAUUUUUACCAAUGGAGGUAAACAAAAAAAGACCUAGGAAACUCCCCCACAAAAUAUAGGAUAUUUUUGAUAUUUUAAAACCAUUUUUAGUUUGAGCAAACUACUAUAAGCAAUAUGAUAACUAAAUACACAAAAGGACCUAAAAAUUCCUGAAUUCAGGUUGAAAUGAUUAACUCAAGAAAACAUUUUUCUCUCAUCUACAUUGUAAAUAAAUUAUAAUCAUACAAUAAUAGGAGGAAUCAAUAGUAAUAAUUGAUUACUCCAGGGAACAGUGAAACCUGUGUAAAGUGAACUCUUGUACUGUUAGCAAACUUCUGGGUCUUGAAAUGCCCUUGUGUAUUUCUUUCUCUCAUUAAUUUGUAUUCCUUUGGAAACGAAAUGCUAGGAAAGAUCUGUCAUAGAAUUUUUAACACUAGUGAAUUAACUUCAAAAGGAAAGAGUACACUGAUAUAUAUAUCUUUAUAUAUUAUAUUUAUUACUAGACAUCACAGAAGUUCCAAUAAAAUUUGGACAUCACAAGAGAAAAUAUCCGAUGCCACAAAGGAAAAGUGAUCGUUGUAUGACGCCAAUACUUUAAGUGUUACAAAUUCUUAGGUCCAGGGUCGCAGAUUCCCAAAUACUUUAAGUGUUACAAAUUCUUAGGUCCAGGGUCGCAGAUUCCCAAAUACUUUAAGUGUUACAAAUUCUUAGGUCCAGGGUCGCAGAUUCCCAAAUAAUGAUAAGGUCUGUGGAAAAAAUUGACUGUAACAGUACCAGGACAUAGAAUUGGUCAUCUUUAGUAAUUUGACAGGUUUUUGCCGAGCUGUCCAUGCACCUGUCUGGAAAGAUAAUCAAUCUGUAACCCUACUGUUUAAACUAUGUGAUAUGUUCUUUUAGUUUGAGGAGUAUUUCAUAAGUAUGUUAAUUAAAAAAAUCAGGAUUUGAUUAAUAAUCAAUGCUUGAACAAUUGCAUGUAGAAAUUUAUUUAUAAUUUUGAUAGAAGAUUCCAGUUUCAGUAUGAAAUAGAUUCCUGUAAAAUAUGUAUUGUUCAAACGCUUUGUUCAUUAUAGCCUACAUUUAUUUAUAGCCAUACAAUAUUUACAUUCUCAUCCCAGGCUGCAGGUUUUAGGGUGACCCUAAAGAAUAAAAGCAAUAGAAUCAAAGUUCUUUUAUAUUGUUUUUUUUUUCCCAUUUUACAUCAAUUUUGGUUGUUCCAUACUUAUUUACUCAUUAUCUGUUUUUUUAUGCGCCCGCCCUAGUGGAGGGAGCAUUAAGUUUUACCCUUGUCCGUCUGUACGUACGUCCGUACAUCCGUCUGUAUGUACAUCCGUACGUCCAUCCGUAUGUCCCAAAAUUGGUUUCCGUUCUCUAACUUUAGUUUGCCUCAACCAAUGUUAUGAAACUUAUACACAAUGCUUAUUACCACAAAACACAGAUCAAGUUUGAAUUUUUGUAGAGUCACUUUUACCGUUCUAGAGUUAUGCCCCUUUACAAAUGGAAAUAUUGCUGAAUUUUUCAUUUCCGUUCUCUAACUUUAGUUUGCCUCAACCAAAUGUUAUGAAACUUAUACACAAUGCUUAUUACACAAAACACAGAUCAAGAUUGACUUUUGGUGGCAUCAUUUUUACCGUUCUAGAGUUAUGCCCCUCUACAAAUAGAAAAUUGCUGAAUUUUUCGUUUCCGUUCUCUUACUUUAGUUUGCCUUUACCAAAUGUUAUGAAACUUAUACACAAUGCUAAUUACCACAAAACACAGAUCAAGUUUGAAUUUUGGUGGCGUCACUUUUACCGUUCUAAAGUUAUGCCCCUUUUAAAAUAGAAAAAUUGCUGGAUUUAUUCGUUUCCGUUCUCUAUCUUAAGUUUGCCUCAACUAAAUGUUAUGAAACGUAUACACAAUGCUUAUUACCACAAAACUCAGAUCAAGUAUAAAUUUGGGUAGCGUCACUUUUACAGUUCUUGAGUUAUGUCCCUUUAUAACAUUAUAUGCAAGCGGGGCAUCAUCUGUUUCUCAUGGACACAUUCCCCAUUUAUUUUUUUAAUUGUUUAUCUGAUUUUUCUUGAAUUUAUGUGGCAGUUUCUUUUAUUUUCAAAAUUUCUUAAAUAACUUUGGUAGCAAAAAAAACCAUGUUUUUGGAUAUGUCUGACUAUGAUAGGCUUGACAUAAUUCUUAUUGUUGCCAUGCUAACCAUGAUGCUAUUAAAAAUCCUGGGAACGCUGAUGCCAUUUUUAGUAACAUCUUGGAUUUUUACAAUGUACAGUGUUUUGUUACAUCUCUUCAGUUCUGACCAAGGAGGACAAAAUAAAAUAAAAAUCUUCCUGACUAGAGGGAUGAAGAAUUAAACAUUCAUUUUUUUUAUUGGCCAAAUUAUUGAUGUAUAUUUAUAUAAUGUAUAUUUUUAUCCUUUAUCUUGUAUAUUUGUAUUUAUAAUUUUAUAAUUGACAUUUCAAUUAUAGAUUUGAUGAACUUGAAACACUAUAUUUAAUUUGUGAAAUAUGUAAUAUAUAUAUAUGAAAAUAAUGUAUUUCUGUUAUUGCCAUAGCAGAUAGAUGGGAAAAUGUUUCAUGCAUAGAUCUAAUCGGAAUUAUCUUUAAGAAGCUGUUUGAAGAAAAGAAAAUGUCAGUUUAGGAACGCAUUCAUGUCAAUUUAAUGAGAAAAAAAAAUGAGUCAGUUUAAAAAUAUUAAAUAAAAUUAUGGAAAACUGAA